AUGUCUGUCCCUCUCUCCACAGUUCACGCACGAAGAAUGGGAGGAGGAAAUAUCAAGGUCAUAGUUUUGUUCAUUCUCAUCGGAGCUCUGCAGAGAACCUCCGUCAAUGGCGCCGGAUUCACCGGAGACUACUCGAAGCUCUCCGGCAUCAUAAUACCUGGCUUGGCUUCCACUCAGCUCAGAGCGUGGUCCAUCUUGGACUGCCCUUACUCUCCUCUCGAUUUCAAUCCUCUCGAUUUGGUCUGGCUCGACUCCACCAAACUUCUUUCUGCUGUAAAUUGCUGGCUUAAGUGCAUGUUGUUAGACCCAUACAAUCAAACAGAUCAUCCUGAAUGCAAGUCUCGGCCCGAUAGUGGUCUUUCUGCGAUCACGGAGCUUGAUCCAGGUUACAUAACAGGUCCUCUUUCAUCGGUGUGGAAAGAAUGGAUUAAGUGGUGCAUUGAGUUUGGUAUUGAGGCUAAUGCAAUUCUUGCUGUUCCUUAUGAUUGGAGAUUGUCACCAGCAAAGCUUGAGGAGCGGGACCUAUACUUUCACAAGCUAAAGCUGACUUUUGAAACUGCCCUUAAACUUCGUGGUGGCCCUUCAUUGGUUUUUGCUCAUUCGUUGGGGAACAAUGUAUUCCGAUACUUUUUAGAAUGGUUGAAGCUAGAAAUUGCCCCCAAAAAAUAUAUCCAAUGGUUAGAUGACCACAUUCAUGCCUAUUUUGCUGUUGGAUCCCCUCUUCUAGGUGCAACUCAAACUGUCCAAGCAGUACUCUCUGGAUUCACAUUUGGUCUUCCUGUUUCUGAGGGUACAGCUCGAUUGAUGUUCAAUUCAUUUGGCUCUUCAUUAUGGAUGAUGCCGGUUUCAAAGUAUUGUAGGUCUGAUAAUGUAUAUUGGAAAAAUUUCUAUGAUGGGAGCAGGAAGGGUCAACAUGCUUACCUUUGUGAUGAAAACGAAUUCCGGUCAAACUACUCUGGAUGGCCGACAAAUAUUAUCAAUAUUGAAAUUCCUUCUACUCGAGGAGCUGAUGCUUAUCCAUCAUUUGUAGAUGUGGCAGAAACCAACAUGUCUAGCAUGGAAUGUGGAUUCCCAACUCAGUUAUCCUUUUCUGCUCGUGAAGUCUCAGAUGGGACCUUUUUCAAGGCAAUAGAAGACUAUGAUCCUGAUAGCAAAAGGCUCUUGUACCAAUUACACAAGUUAUAUCAUGGCGAUCCAGUACUAAAUCCACUGACACCUUGGGACAGGCCACCUCUAAAAAACAUAUUCUGUAUAUAUGGAGUAGAUAUGAAAACUGAGGUUGGUUACUAUUUUGCUCCAAGUGGCAAGCCUUACCCUGAUAACUGGAUCUUAACAGAUGUCAUAUAUGAGAUUGAAGGAUCUUUGUAUUCUAGGUCUGGGAAUCUGGUUGAAGGGGAUUCUGGAGCAACAAGUGGGGAUGAGACGGUACCAUACCAUUCUCUCUCUUGGUGCAAGACUUGGCUGGGACCAAAAGUGAAUAUAACAAGGGCACCUCAGGUAUUUCUAAUCAGUGCAGAUAGUGUAAGAGCUGGUGUGUGCCCUUAUGUCAUUCCUUAA